AUGUGCAGGUUGAAACUUUCCGAACCUUCUGGUACGUCAAGAAGCGUUUUAGCCAAUUUUUCAGAAAAAAACCCAACCUCAAAGUUGAAUGACUUUCUUUGUCAAAAAAAACGGUUCAAUUGAAUUAUUUUUUUGACUGAAAAUCCAAUAUUUCUGCUUGAAGUAAACAUAAAAACUUUUAAAACGCAGAAAGUCUAACUGAAUUUCCCUCUAACAGACAAGGUCCCUGUUGACCAGCUGACUUGCUCCAUUGGCAGGAUCCAGACUCCCGCCUAUCCGGUAUCGAAGAAGCAUCAGGCGCAGGCGGAUCGCCGCCGCAGAGACCCUAACACGUCCGCGAGCGAGAGGGUCACCGUAUAAAAGCGGCCACUUGUCCUUAGGCAGUCUUCGAGGCGACCGUCCGUCACAAUUCUUUUUCAGUCCAAGUCCACCUCAUUCGCUCCGAGAUCCCAUUCCUUUCCUCCUCUCUCUCUAUCAUUGUUUCAUCCCUUCGAUUCUUCCAGGAGAUGCAGCUGGAGUCCACGGAGCACAAGGAGCUCCGUCGCGUCGCGUUCUUCGCGAUCGUCGUGAGCACGGUGGCGGUGAUCGCCGCCGUCGUCACCCUGCCAAUGCUCUACUCCUACGUCGCCAACUUCCAGUCGCAUCUCAUCAUCGAGACCGACUUCUGCAAGGUUUCCCUUACCUUUUUAGGCUCAGACACACUUUUCUGUGACAUUUAGCAUUCACCGAACCUUUGUUAACAACGAGCAUGAAAAAUUAUGACAGUUUGAAGCCUUCAGAGAAGAAAAUUCAGCAUAUCAAAAGCCAGCAAUACAUAAAAUUGUACUCUUUGCAGCUUAUUUUUUAAUUUCUCAAGGACCUCUUUUCAGACACGAGCUCGCGACAUGUGGGCUGAGAUCCAUCACCUGGACUCACCUCAGUUCGCUCGCGCCAAGCGUCAGUACGGUUCCUCGCCACAGCCGGCCGCCUAUCCAUCUGGCGGCAGCGGAGGCUACGGAGCUCCAGUCACUAACGCUGAUCCAGCUCCAACCUGCUGCGGAUGCCAGCAAGGUAAACUGCAACAGUUCCAAAGAAGAAACUCAUCUGAACAUUUCUAGGACCUGCUGGACCACCUGGCCCACCUGGAGACGACGGACCAAGCGGAGAGGACGGAGGCAGCGGAAACGAUGGAAACAACGGAAAGGACGGCAACUUGUUGGAGUCUGCGAUCGCCAGCGAGCCAUGCAUCAUCUGCCCACCUGGACCACCAGGACCCCAAGGAAUGAGCGGCGGAAAAGGACCACAAGGACCAAAGGGCGGCAACGGCGAGAACGGCAAGGACGGCAAGCCAGGAGACCUCGGCAUGCUCGGACCACAAGGAAUGAUGGGACAGCCUGGCCGUCAAGGUGUCAGCGGACCCAAGGGAGCGCCCGGCCGCGUCAACCAGAUCAACGGACCUGCCGGUCUUCCCGGACACAAGGGAAUCCGCGGACCUCCAGGCCCACGCGGAGAGGCUGGACUCGACGGCGGCAAUCAGGAAGGACCUCGUGGACCACCUGGAGACGCCGGACGACCAGGACCUCAAGGACAGCAAGGACCUCAGGGACCAGAGGUAUCUUUAUCUUUCUAGAAACUGAGUUUUCGCAAAAGAAGGGGUCCCUCUCUGAUCUUUAUAGUCUUUUGAAGUAAAUUUAUAGGAAAAACAAGGAAUCCAGAUUACGUAUGACCAUUCCUCUCUUUUCAGGGCAAGCAAGGAGCUCCAGGAGAGCCCGGAGGCUGCGAGCACUGCCCAAUUCCACGAACGCCGCCAGGAUAUUAA